AUGGUUUGUGUUGAGCAUGUCCCGUACAAGGCCGAAUUCCGGUUAGCAUCGGGGUUGGACCUGGGUGUCAAGUAUUUCACAGCGCCAUACCUGGAUUCCCAGUACGCCAGCGUCAACGUGGCGCUGCCGCAGCUGCUUAUGUGCGCCUAUAGCACCCCCAAUUUCCUCACCGGCAAGAAGGGCAGGUUUCCGGAGAACCCUGGCUCGGUUGUCUUUUUUUCCGGGGACGCAGAGCGUCAUGAAGCUUGUUUCCGAAGAUUAGGGCAGAAGCCGCAGUGGAAACCUGAAGAGGAGCCCAAGACCCAGACGUCACCGCAGCCGCCGCAGCGGCCGCCCUCAGUGCCCCCAGCAGCCGCCAAGCCGCCACCGGCUCAAGGGGCUGCCGUAGCCGCGGCCGCUGCAGGGACGAAGCGGAAGGUUUCGGAGGAGUCCCGGCCCGCGGCAGAUGGCACCAAGCGCGCGCGUACGGCCACGCCACCGCUUCCUCAGCCGGCGGCAGGCGCCACGCAAGCAGGUCCCGUGGCAGCGGCUGCCAGGCCGGCUGCGGCAGGGGCGGCGCCUGCUGCUGGUGCCAGUGCGGCCGCCCUGUGUGUAUCUGUUCAAAAGGAACGUCACGACUUCACCCGCUACUUCGCCAAGCGCACCACCACUCCGGAGCUGCGUGCGGGUCUCAAAAGCCUCACUGUGUCACUGUGCAAGUCCUCGAAGAACGAGGCGGGACAGCUGCUUGUGUCGCUUAAGAAGUGA